GUUCUGUACAAAAAAAAAAGUACGCCUGAGUGUGUCGGCUGAACACGCAGUCGGAGCGCUGAACCUCCUGCCCUGAAAGAGUUAAAUGGUUUUCCCGUGCACGGAGCGGCUGGCUGGAGGUUAGUUAGGCUGUUGCAUUGCAGAGCGUGUGGACUAAGCCGUGGCGUACAGCGGCGCACCAAACGUGGCCAACUUCACAGCAAAGCUCCCACUACACGACAGACCAGCCAUGUCGGAGCAGAGGAGUGUCUCUGGAUUUAACAGCGCUCAGUGUUACUACUACUGAGGCUGUGUGUGAUAGGGAAAGGACUGCUUUUCGGCUUGUAUAGAUAUCGCCUUCAUGGAUGGGCAACGGGGCUUUUACGAGAUGGAGAACCCGACAGAGAACCCCAGCAAAGCGGCGGAGUAUCUAAAGGAGCUGAAUAAAAUUAUCGAGACCCAACAGGGGUUGCUGGAGAGGCAGAGGGUCCGGAUUGAAGAGCUGGAGCUCCAGGUGACGGAUCUUUGCAAGGAAAACGUCUGUCUGAAAGAUCAGCACCAGCGACACCUGGCCACCUGCAGACUCCAGCAGGGUAACCACUCCACCCUGGGAGCCAUCAAGGAGAAUGUCAUGCAGGAAAAAUCUGAAAGUGAAAGCUCUAGAGGUGUCAGGCGCCACACCUCUUUGCCCAUAGAAGUCUCGGAGAUCCCUCUAAGUCUAACUGCCCCUCCAUGUAGAAGAAGUUACCCAUGUCGCAAAUGGAAGUCUGCAUCUUUUGGUGUCGAAGGUGAUGUUCCAGGCAGUGAGGUGGGUGCCUCUGUGGACCCCAGCGGUGGUUACAGUUGCGUCCCAGUGACACACAGCGGCGGGCUGGGCCCUGACCACAUUGACAGCCAGCUAUACGGACACAUCUUGCUGCCGGGCCACCCACGGCCCCGCCGGUCCAAACUCCAGCACUCCCAUUCCAUCCUGCGCAAGCAGGCAGAGGAAGAGGCAAUCAAACGCUCCCGUUCACUAUCAGAGAGCUAUGAGCUCUCGUCAGACCUACAGGACAAACAGGUGGAGAUGCUAGAGCGCAAAUAUGGUGGGCGUUUCAUAACCCGCCAUGCAGCCCGUACCAUCCAGACAGCUUUCCGCCAGUACCAGAUGAACAAAAACUUUGAGCGUCUUAGAAGUUCUAUGUCUGAGAACCGUAUGUCCAGACGGAUUGUCCUAUCCAAUAUGAGAAUGCAGUUUUCCUUUGAAGGACCUGAAAAAGUCCACAGCUCCUUCUUCGAGGGAAAGCAGGUCUCACUAACAGAUGAUGGCACCAAAGUUGGCACACUGAUGCAGUCAGAACAUGGUGGGGAGAUGGGCGUUCAGGCUAAGACACCCACAACACAGAGCGACUUCACAGAUGCUAUCACAGAACUAGAGGAUGCCUUCUCCAGGCAGGUCAAGUCUCUAGCUGAGUCCAUAGAUGAUGCUUUAAACUGUCGCAGUCUACAUGGUGACGACAGUCAGUCAGAGCCAGGGAGGGGUCAUCAGGAUAUGGACAGGGAGGUUAGCUGCCAAGUGAAACCAUCCCACAGUGUCUCAGAACGCCGCAAACUGGAUGAGAUGACGGCAUCUUACAGUGAUGUGACCCUUUACAUUGAUGAAGAAGAACUGUCCCCACCCCUGCCCCUGUCUCAGUCUGUAGACCGACCCUCCAGCAUAGAAUCAGACAUGCGUCAGCGGUCCCUCAACUCCUCCCAGGACUACUGGUCACUGGCUCAUAAGGAUGAGAAAGGGGACACAGACACCAGCUGCCGAAGUACACCUUCUUUGGAAUGCCAAGAGCAGCGCUUGCGGGUAGACCACCUACCCCUACUGACCAUAGAGCCUCCCAGUGACAGCUCAGUGGAAUUGAGUGAUCGUUCUGACCGCAGCUCUUUGAAAAGGCAGAACGCCUAUGAGCGGCACCUCAGCAACCAGCAGAGCAGUCCCAAGCACAUUAGCCACAGCCUGCCACCCCGUGGACCCCCCAGAGAGGAAGAUGCUUCCUGUCAUCAGCCACGACAACUAGAGGCUCACCUGGCCAUCAACGGCACUACAAAUCGGCAGAGCAAGUCGGAGUCUGAUUUCUCUGAUGGCGACAAUGACAGCAUCAACAGCACAUCCAAUUCCAAUGACACCAUCAACUGCAGCUCUGAGUCCUCUUCCAGAGACAGCCUGAGGGAGCAGACGCUCAGCAAGCAGACGUAUCACAAAGAGACUCGCAACAGCUGGGACUCCCCUGCUUUCAGCAAUGACAUCAUCCGCAAGAGGCACUACCGCAUUGGUUUAAACCUCUUCAACAAGAAACCAGAAAAAGGCAUCCAGUAUCUGAUAGAGCGAAACUUUGUUCCAGACACUCCAGUGGGUGUGGCCCAUUUCCUGCUUCAGAGGAAGGGUUUGAGUAGGCAGAUGAUUGGCGAGUUCCUGGGUAACAGACAAAAACAGUUCAACCGAGAUGUGCUAGACUGUGUGGUGGAUGAAAUGGACUUCUCAGGUAUGGAGCUGGACGAAGCACUCAGGAAAUUCCAGGCUCACAUUAGAGUCCAGGGAGAAGCACAGAAGGUUGAGCGCCUGAUAGAGGCAUACAGCCAGCGCUACUGCAUCUGCAACCCUGGUGUGGUGCGACAGUUCAGGAACCCAGACACCAUCUUCAUCUUGGCCUUUGCCAUCAUCCUUCUCAACACAGACAUGUACAGCCCAAAUGUCAAACCUGAGAGGAAGAUGAAGCUGGAGGACUUUGUUAAGAAUCUACGAGGAGUGGAUGACGGCGAGGACAUCCCCCGGGAGAUGCUGGUAGGGAUAUAUGAAAGGAUUCGCAAACGGGAGCUCAAGACUAAUGAAGACCAUGUAUCCCAGGUUCAAAAAGUGGAAAAACUCAUUGUUGGAAAAAAGCCAAUUGGCUCUUUACACCAUGGUCUGGGCUGUGUACUAUCCCUACCCCACCGAAGACUGGUGUGUUACUGCAGACUUUUUGAAGUACCCGACCCCAACAAACCACAAAAGUUGGGCCUGCACCAAAGGGAGAUCUUCCUCUUUAAUGACCUGCUAGUGGUUACCAAAAUUUUCCAGAAGAAGAAGAAUUCGGUGACGUACAGCUUUCGGCAGUCCUUCUCACUUUAUGGCAUGCAAGUGCUGCUCUUUGAGAAUCAGUAUUAUCCCAAUGGAGUCCGCCUGACCUCGGCCAUUCCCGGAGCUGACGUUAAAGUCCUCAUCAACUUCAAUGCACCCAAUCCUCAGGACCGCAAAAAGUUUACUGAUGAUUUGCGAGAAUCUAUUGCUGAAGUCCAAGAGAUGGAGAAGUACAGGAUAGAAUCUGAGCUAGAAAAACAGAAGGGGGUGGUGAGGCCCAGCAUGUCCCAGAGUUCAGGGUUAAAGAAGGAAACAGGAACCAGCAACUUGAGCAGAGCAAGCCUCGACGACAGCUAUGCCAUUGGUGAAGGUUUGAAGAGGAGUGCCCUCAGUAGCUCCUUGCGUGACCUCUCUGAUGCAGGCAAGCGUGGGAGACGCAGCAGUGCAGGAUCACUAGACAGCAAUAUGGAAGGCUCCAUCAUUAGCAGUCCUCACAUGCGGCGGAGACCCCCCUCCAGCCGAGACUGCCCGUCUCGCCACAGUGGACAUUCCCUGCCCAACUCCUCUUCUUUGCUCGGGUCUUUGUUUGGCACAAGGCGUGUCAAGUCCCCCAGCCCCACUGCUCAAGCCCCGCACCCCACCCUCAUCUCUCACACCCCGCACCCUGCCAACCUGCACCACACAGCCCGACUGGACGCGGACACGCCCCUCCCCAUGCACCCACACCAUGUCCAGUUCUGCCACAUGACCCAGAACCCCCCGCCUUACCACCACCACCACCACUACCACCCACCAGCCCACUUGCAACACCCUCCACACCAGUUCCAUCCACCCCCUUCUCACAGCCAGCAGCAGCCCUACCCACCUCACCCUCACACACAGCACGGUCACGGAAGCCACUUGGUACACUCCUCCCAUGCUACUCAUGGCCCCCACCACCACGGGCCACCACCUCCACCCUCCCAGGCCCCCAGCAGCACCAAGCCCAAGCACAGCGGCAUCAGUACGGUGGUGUGAGGCGUGCGGGGGCCUCUCUGGGAUCUCUGACUGAACUUUAUUUUUUUCCUCCGAGGCUUGUUGCUGAUGAGACAGUUGCACUGUGCACCGCUGGUCUGGGGAUGUGAAGCCAGACGAGAUCCUGUGCCUCCUUCAGUGUUUUUUCUUAGGCCCAUCACUAAGGCAGUUUCUGGUUGUUCCUUUCAUUUUAUUUCAGGUCACAAGUCAUGACUGCCUGCUUCAAGGGCGACAGACAACAACACAAAAGCAUGCACAAAGACCACAACUACUGUUUCUCCUCAGUAAAUUAAAUAAAAAUACCUUGCUUACUAGUAUAAGAUGUAAAUAGUAAUCUUGACUUUAAUGUCUACAGAAUGGUUUUAUCUAGUAUGAAGGUGGUUUGGCUGCACAGACAGACAUAUACAUGGUCAGCCUUAGCAGAGCAGUAGCUGUACAAGUAUUUAAUGUAGCGGUAGUUCACAGUGCACUGUGAUCUCUCUGUUAGCAGUGAUAAAUGUGCCAAUUAUUGAAGCAUUUACUAACUUAGUCACAAAUAUUGCUUUAUGUACUGUAUAUUGUGCAUAGUAUUUUGUAAAAUAACUAUUAUUAUGAUGAUUAUUGUUAUUAUUAUUUUUAUUACUGAACAAAAGGCAUCAGUUAAAACUCAGUAUUACACUCGCACAUAGGUGGCAUAGUUUCACUGAUAGGACACAGAUCAAUGCUUUUAUUAAUUAGGCAAUUCAGUAAGCUGGAAUACAACUGUAAAUGGUUGCCUUUAACUUAGAACUAAGAUUGUUGAAGGCUGGUGCACACCAGCUUGCAUACAGUCUCAUCCACUGUACUUCACUGGUUUCGAGGUCAUUUCUCCUACUCUGGAAAAAGGAAGUCACAGCGAGCUGCUAAGCAGACAGAUUCAUCUGAAUGUCCAGCCUUCAACUACUGGCUGCUUGUCUGCCAUCAUUUUAUUUUUUUAGAGUCCAAUAAAAUAUAUGAAAAACUCUAUAUGUUGUACUGCAACCUGCUAGGAUUCUUCAAGUCUGUGCUCCAGGAAGAAGAGGAGGUCUGCGAUACUUUUCAUGGAAACUGAAGGAUCCUGUGCAAACUGUGCAGCAGGGAGCAGCAGCAUGACUGUCCAAGCAUCUAUCCAGUCAUGGAAGCUCUCAGCUGGCUGAGCGUACCCUGUCUCUCUCUCCGGUUUCAUUGUGCAGUGAGCGUGUCGUGCAGUGCUGUUUACUCCCUCGAUCGUGCUUUUCCCAGGAGCCACACAGACACCACAGUACAAAAAUCAAUCAUUAUCAUUCUGUGAUGGUGAUAGCACUACUAUGCUUCACUCGCCACAAAUGGCAGUUUUAUAUCAAUCAUCUUUCUGACAUAUUAUGGGACUGGCUGGUUGAACCUUCCUCCAAGCCUGUGUGCAGUAUCUGUGGUGUGUGCAAAGCGAAGACAGGGGCCGAGUGUACCCAAGCAUACGUUUUGUUGACAGGGAUAGACAAAGCACGUGUUCUGCUUAGUUGAUAUCAAUGACGGAAGUUAGUCUGUGUAUGCUUAAAGACUGUGGGAUGGGUUUUCUUUUUAAUGUGUGCGUAUUUAUCAUAUUUACGUUUUUGUCUAAGAACAAUUGCUGUCUGGUGGUUGUUUCAUUUAGGUUAGUUCUAUUAGGUUUGUCUCUUUAUCCCUUCCACUGUCCUCUGUUAUUUCUUCCUCAGUGUUUUAGUGAAGUGUAAGUAUCCACACGGAUUUGGACGGACUGGGUCUUCCACGCUCAUAAAGAAUGUCAAAGAAAUAACUGUAUGUAACAAUGUAUUUUGGAGAUAUUUUCUAAAUACUGUGUAUUUCCCAGUGUCAGUAUUACACUUGACAUUAAAAUGAAUGGUAGAGCAUUUUUGACUUCUUCAGUUACAGCUAACUGAAGUCAGCUGUGUAUUUGUAUCACUCCAGGUGAUAACCAGAUGUUUGUCUUUUCCUGGUCGACAUUCAGUAGGUUAGUGCACAACCGGAUGUCGUCACAGCUAUAAGAAGAACGUUCUCCACCAACAAAAACUUGUGUAAUCUUUGGAUCCGAUGUGGUAAAAGAUGUACCUGGAUAUCAAAGUGACAACUGACAGACAUGAAGCUCUGUUAUCUUUAUAUCUGUCAUCUGUCUAUGCUCACACAUUACUGCUGUCAGGUGAUGUCCCAUAAAUCAGUACUCUUAAAUGCUUCUUUCCUCAAGGUUCACCUUUUAAUUAGGCACCCCUAAUAAUGGGUUUAUAAGUUGCAACUCAUGUAUUUGAUUACUAGGAUUACUGUCAUCUGAAUUUAUAAGUGGUAUUUCUUCAUUAUUUCCAAUAAUUCAUCAAGUCUGCAGCUGUGAAUUUUAGGAAGUGAUUGUAAAAUAGAUUUUACACUAUGGAGCAGUGUUUAUAUGAGUGGCUCCCUGUUUUGUUUCUGUUGUGCAGGGACACAAGGAAACACAUACAUGCACUCAAGCACAUUGAGGAUACACACAAUACACACUCCUGUUUUCUUGGCCGCACACAGCUCCACUGAUCAAUAGAUUAUGGUAAUCCCAAAGAAACACAGGAAAGUGCUGCCAAGGGCAGUGAAGAAGAAGAGGGCUACAGUCUGUCAAAUGUUGAUAGAAGCAUUGCACGAGGUAAAAUAUAUCAAAACAUUUGGCUCUGUAAAUGGUUCAUAAGGAAUAAAAUGCAUUCAACAAGCUUGUUUAACUUCAUGCGUAUAUAAACACUGAAUGUAAGCAUAACUUUAGUUUGUUUACAAGAAUCUGUACUCUAGGUCAGUUUUAAGUGAUCAAACAAUCUUCAUAAUGAAUUUAGAGCUUGGUAAAAAUAAAAUCUAAGAAUGUGUCAUGCUGGGCAGGGCUUCCCACAUUUCUCACAGCAAAUGCCAAAUAGUUGUGGCUAAAGUGGUCAAAAAAGGGUAAGGAUCUGGGGGUCUUACCACUUCUGCUAAACACCAGCCAUAGAGAUUUUUCUCAACCUGGCAAUUAAUGUAAAUGUUGUGCCCCUCAGUGGUUUAUUACUGAUAUAUUUGCCCUUAAUAAAAACAGUAGUUAUAACUUAUAAAAUGUUUAUGAUAGGUAUGUUAUUACAAAGUAGUAUCAGUUUCAAAAUGUUAUGAUCCAAAAUGUAUUUUGCAGUACUUUAUAUAUUGCAGGGUACUCUAAAUCUAAUAUUUGACCACUAUGACCAGCAUUUAAUUUUGCAUAGUUUAUUUUGUAUAGAGUCAAGAAAGUGCUACUAUUGCAACUUUUUAAAUCAGUUUUAUAUCACCUAAAUUUGGAAACAAAUUGUAUUGGCCUUCUACAACUCCCUGAUCCCUAACUAGUUGUUAUGGACUACAGUUAAAACACUGGACAAGAAGAAGCCAAGCUUUAUUAAAUACUGAUGGUUCUCCACAUUAUGUGUGUUUUCAUAUGAAAGUGGUUUUCAGUCACUACCUUCCAGUUCUUUCAGAAGACUGAGCUAUUGUAAAACCUGUCCAGAAUCCGUGUGAGGUGCUUUGUUGCAUGCCAUUGAUGCCUACCAUUUCUUUUUUCUUUUUUCCCUUAAGUGUUGUUCUGAAGCAGGCUUGACCAGACCCUAAACUUUCAAACUUAUAAUGUAGUUUUGAUUUCUCUGAUUGAUGCUUGUUUACAUGUAGAUGCUUUCUGGCCUGCUACAGUGCUGUCUUUUCAUUUCAGGUUUUGUCUUCAGCAUGCAUUUCACCUCUAUGUCCACUGUACAGUAUAAAGACAAAGCAGUCUACUGCUGAGUGUAAAUAAAUAGCAAACCAAUCUGGGAAAUGUUACUUAAUGAGGGCAUGAAAACCGGUUGCAAUAUUUUAAGGGUGGGUGAGAAAACAUAAAUAGUCUGUAAAUUAUUAUUAUUAUUUACUGAAUGUC